AUGGAGGGCGGCAAACGCACGAUCGAGACCGAGACGCGCGCGCUGCGCGCCGCGGUCCGCGCGCUGCUCGACGCCGGCGCCGCGGGCGACGCGGCCGCCAUCGCCGCUGCGACGCAGCAGGGCCUGAACGCCACCAUGCGGCUCAAGGCCGCGCACCGCGCGACGGUGCGGCUCACGAACGAGCAGCAGCGGCGCACCGAGGAGGCCCGCGCGGUCGCGCAGCGCGCCGGGCACGCCCUGCGCAACGUCCAGUACGAGGAGCGCCACUUCCAGAGCGAGAUCCGGCAGUGCAAGGAUUUCGCGCCGGCGCACGCGGACGCGGAGAUCGGGCUGGUCGACGCGGAGGAGUUCUUCGCGACCGCGCCGGAGGCGCUCACGCAGGGCCUGGACCCGGGGGACGCGCACGCAGUGAUGCUGCGGCGCCUCGACCACGAGCUGGCGCAGCGGCAGGCGCUGCAGAAGGAGCUGGCGGGGCUGAAGCGGCGGCGCGACGAGGCCGGGGACGCGCUGGAGGCCCGGAAGCGCGUGGUGGACGUCGUGCACCACGUGGAGAAGGUGGAGGGGGCGCUUGAGGGGGUGGAGGCGCAGCUGGGGACGAGCUUCGCGCGCAGGGUGCGGGCGAGCAGGCUGGCGGAGCUGCUGCCGGCGCCGCUGUACGUGGCGUACGCGGCGCUGGUGGCGUGCCGCGACGCGCACCGCGACGCGGUGUCGGUGGCCAUUGCGGGGCCGCUGGCGGCGGCGCAGCAGUGGAUGGCGGCGCACGGCGCGGCGCGGCGGCCGCCGGAGGGCGAGCUCAGCGCCACGCACCCGCUCUCGCUCGCCUUUACGGUGCUCCCCGAGGGCAGCACGACGGUGGGGACCGCCCCGACCACGCCGGCAACCAUGGAGGUGGCCCUGCGGUACCUGCCGUCGGUGCACCUGGUGACGGCCGUGGUCGAGAAGCUGAACGGCGAGGCGUGCAGCGCGGCGGCGUCGGACGCGCUCUUGACGGAGCUGUUCCCUGGGGACGCGGGUGCCGCGUUGCCGGCGCACGCGGCCACAUGCGACCUCGCGGCGCUGAACGCAAGCUGCGACGAGGCGGGCCUGGGGCGGCCGUACCUGUGGGCUCUCCGCCUGGCGGGCAUCGACGUGCUGCCGGUCAUGCCGUUCCUGCCAGCGCGCGCGGACCCGACAGCGCCGUCCGCGCUGGAGGGCGCGGUGAGGGACUACCGGUUCGGCGGGCACGCGCUGCGGUGCCUGGGGCUGCUCCGUGCGCGGGUGCGCGUGGCGGACCUGGUCGACGCGCAGGUGCGGGCCCUCGGCGAGCUGGCGAAGAAGGCAGGCGGUCUGGCCAAGGCGGGGUUGUUGACGGACGCGGGAGUGCCGAGGGCAGUGGCGCUGGCGGCGCUGGUGGCGGCGCCGUUCAAGGUCGGGGAGGAGGGCGGCGAGGCCGAGGCGACGGAGGUGGCGUUUGAGAGUUUGCGCGAGGUGGAGGGCGCGGCAGUCGAGCAGGAGGGCGACGCGAGGGCGGAGGGGGGCAGCGACGGAGAGGAGGACGCCGAAGGCGGGGAGCAGGCGGGGAAGCGGGCGAGGGCGGAGGCGGGCCGCAGGAGCUGGGGCGAUGCGAUGGCGCGCGGCGGCCGGGUGUUCGAGGCGAGCUUGACGCUCAAGGGCCGCGUGGCGGGCACCGUCGCCGUGCACAUCGGGUUCCCGCGGCGCUUCCCGCUCGGCAGCGACGCACUGCCGGCGCUCCGCCUCGCGAGGCGGCCGGCGGGUAUGUCGGAGGACGCAGCACUGCAGGUGGUCGCGGCGUCCGGUGCCAUCCUGAAGCGCGCAGAGGGCGUGCUCGGCGGCGGCGGGGACGGCGAGAAGAGCGACGUGGCGCUGCCUGAGUCUGCGGAGGCCUUGGAGCCGGACGCCGUCGACCUUGUGGACCGGCAGCCGCACAUGGGGCCUGAGCCGAACUGGACGUUCGCGGGUUGCGCGCUGCGCGUGGCGGCCGCGUGCGUGGUCGCCGGGGUGCGGCAGGCGACGGCGAAGCAGUGA